CUCGGUGGCGCCACCGAGACAGGAGACGUCAUCGACAAUUUGACGAUUUUACCCGAAGUUUGUCGAGGUCCAAACCGCCGGCGGAGGGUCGUGCACAACGUAGCCUCUGCUCAGUGCUCUCUCCUCCACAAGCUCUUUGUUCGCGAUAGGCUGGAUGGUGACACGCACUUGUUUUAGAUGUUGUCGGUGACAUUUUGACCUUCUGCAUAUUCCAUAUGGGGAAGACCGACGCUUAACGGAAAUAAACAUUUUAAAAGACAACGAGGGAAUAGAAGGAGGAGCGUCAGGCUCGGCUCGGACUGCCAGUUCGCCGCCCGACGAGCUUCAUCACCAUUACAGCAGCUGCCAGUGUUAGCUAAAACACAAGUACCGUGCCCUUGUGCGGCUGAACGUGAUUUUUCUUGCUGUUUAGAACUCUUUUUGCUAUUAUAUAGUCAUGUCGUUUGUUGCUGAAUUAUCACACAAAGCAGACUGCUUUCGAGACGAAUGUGCGGUGACAGCCGCAGAAGUACUGUAGACAGCACGGGUUGGCAGUCCGCAAUGUUCGGGACGUUUGGAAGAGACUACGCAGUCCAUAAAUAACAUCAGUUUAACAAGAAAUCUUUCCUAGGCUUCUACUGCAACAAAGCCCACUGUCAAUCCCUCCAUCAUGACCUCGCCAGACUCUCCUCCUCUUGUGUCGCCUUCGCCGUGUCCCGCACCUCCUCCCUCUCUUCCCACGUCCCCGGUACCAUCCUCCCCUGCCCCCUCUUCCUCUUCACUCCCAGUCCCACCUUCACUGCCCCCAACAGGGGAAGUUAUGGUCCUGGCGCUAGGCAGGAAGAAGCAAAGGGUUCUGAUUGUUCUGUCCAUCCUUCCAAAUCUUUUCUUGGCCUUCCUGCUCUCCUCUGACCCCCUCAUCACGCUCUCCUCGCCACAUCACUGCCACCUGCCCGGGCCCGCGCCUUCGCCCGAGGUGCUGAACAUCUCAGUACCCUGGGAGAAAGGCCUGAGGCCUGGUAGCAGCGGAGCACUUUCCCAGUGUAAGCAGUAUGCUAACGGGAGCCAGUCGGAGGUAGUGGACUGCCAGGCCGGAUGGGACUAUAACAUCACAGAAGGGCUGCGGAACAACAUUGUAACAGAGUGGGAUCUGGUGUGCGGUCGAUAUUGGCUGGUCCCUGUGGAGGAAGUUUGCUUCAUCCUGGGGGUUCUCACCGGCUGUCUCGGCCUGGGUUUUGCUGCUGACAGAAUUGGCCGCUCCAAGACCUUGCUGACGUCACUCACUCUAUCAGUGGUGUUUGGCGUGUUGGUGUGUGUCUCCCCGUACCCUUCUAUCUUCAUUGUCAUGCGCUUCUGUCUGGCGGCUGCGAGCGCUGGUGUCUACCUCACCCUGUACAUCUCUCGCCUGGAGUUGUGUGAACCUUCACUGAGGCUGAUAGCAACCGUACUGGCAGGGCUGAUGACUGUUUCUGGGGAGCUACUCUUGCUGGCAGUGGCUCUUGGCUUCCACUCCUGGAGGGGUCUGUUGGGAGCCGGUGCUGCUCCACUAAUGCUCUUCCUCAGUUACGGCAUUCCUGGCGUUUUUCCAGAGUCUCCUCGUUGGCUUUUGCUGACUGAGCGACAUGGAGACAUGAACUCCUUCAGCGAGAGGAGAAACUCAAACAGAGAUGUCAGGGACGACGAGAGCUUCACAGAGCUGGAUUCGGAGCCGGCGGCCUCCUCACGCCCUCACCUGUCCUUUCCUGAACUCUUCCACAGCAAGAACAUCUGGAAGAACAUUUGUGUGCUUGGCUUUACCUCAUUCAUCUCUCAUGGCAUCAGCCACUGCUACAGCUCUUUCCGAGGCGACGUACGAGGUACGGCUCCCAGCUUCUAUUGGACGUACCUUUUGUCUGUGUGCGCGGGAGGCGGCGCCUGGGUGUUGCUGUGGGCGACCGUCGACAGGUGCGGUCGCCGCGGCAUCCUUCUGCUUUCCAUGACGAUGACGGGCCUGGCAUCCUUGAUUCUCCUUGGACUCAUGAAGUAUCUCAGUGAGAAUGCCAUCACAAUUUUCUCUGUGAUGGGCCUCUUCUCCUCGCAGGCCACUGCGUCGCUUUGCAUUCUCUUCACGGCAGAGAUCAUGCCCACGGUCAUCAGAGGGACGGGCGUGGGUGUUGUGCUCGCCCUGGGCUGCGUGGGGCGCCUCAGUUCCCCGCUCAUGGACCUGAGAAAUCACUACGGCUACUUCUUGCACCAUGUGGUUUAUUCCUCUCUGGCCCUGCUGGCAGUCUUGUCCAUCCUUCUGCUGCCUGAGAGUAAGAGAAAGCCGCUGCCUCAGACUCUGGCCGAUGGCGAACAGUACCGGCGUCCCCCGCUAGGCCGGAGGAGGCGGGACAACGUGCCGCUGCUGGCCACUCCCAACCCAGAGACUUAAAGAAGAGCAGGAGGGGGCACGUGCAAUUCCAUUGAACACUGCAUUCCUAUUAUUGGAGGAAGAAGAGUUGAGAGAAAAAGGGCUGUAAAGAUUUUUAACACUUGGUGAUGAUCAUCAUAUUUCAAUUUUUCUUAACACUAUCAUCUCUGUGGCUUGGCUUCCUCUGGACUCUAUUUUAAAACACUAGAAAGUCAUUGAUGACAACACUGCGGUCCCCCCUGGCAUGUGUCAUCUUUUGUUGAUUUAAUCCAACACUAUUAUUCAAUGUGCUCUAGGUUAAUUGACACCUCCUCCAUCUGACGUAGAGCACAGUUCUCAGCUGUAUCCUGUUACACUUAAGGUGUUACACGUUGUAAAUAUUUUACUUGAAAUGUAGGGUUUCGCUCAAGACUGUCUCUGAAAGACGUGACACUAUGCAGACGAAAUGGUGUGGACUACUGCACUUUUGAAAUGACGCCUUCAACGUGAUAGAGUUACCUAAAUACUGCACUACACCGCACCAUCAGUAUUCGGCAUCUAAUUAAAGCUCAUAAAAAGUCUCAAUCCAUCUGGCCUGGAGCCAGAAUAUUUAUAUCCACAAUAGCAUCAGCAUUAAGUAUUCAAUUAAUAAAUUAUAGUGGUUAAGCAUGGAGGCAAAAUGUGACGGCAACAUCCUAUCUGCAUGUGUGAAAGCACUUUGAAGGCCUUUUUCAUACCUCUGUGAAGUUGAACCCCAAUCAGAUGCAAAUAUAUAGAAAAAUGAUGUCAUUCAUUUGUGCUGCUAGCAUUUUUGAGAUAUUAAUAGUUCUUUUAGAGGUCAAUCUGAGGCCAACCAGCCCACCAUUUUGAUUAAAAAUGGUGCCGUUUGUUUGUGCUACAUUUGUGCUGGUUUGUGCUGCUAUCGUUUUUAAGAUACAGACACGGGAGUCCCGUCUGCUAUUUUGUUUCCAGUCGUUUUUUUUGUUUUGUUUUUUAAAUAAGAUCGACUUUUGAUUUGUGAUGCAUGGUUUUAUUUUGACUCGGGAAGCACAGAGCAGGUAGUACUUCCACAUGCGAUUAAAGUGCAUGUGGCAUGAAAAAGCAUGUUUAUAUCAUAAUACACGCGGUAUUUUAUGCCCCUGAAUGAUAUGGACCGCUUGGAUGUGUGUGGAAGCGAUCGCUAUAUUUAUUUAGUAUUUUUUAAUCCCGCGCCAUGAAAAUGAGUGACUUCCGGCUUCGGUCUUGCAUUGAGGAGGAGGGCGCUGUGACGUGUACGGUAGAAGACGUCCUCUUCACUAUACAGUGUACUGUUAUGUAUGAGGGUGAAGGAUUCAGCUGAUUCUGCGGAUUAAUACGUUUAUUUUUCGCAUCAAGCCAGCCAAACGGUUGCAGAAAAAUCAUUCUGUAUGCGGGAGAGGCGUAUGCGCCUUUUUGGAGUUUCAAAAGGUUCCCAUUCACCGUGGAUAUUUACUGUGGGACCAUUGGACUUACGAGGAAGUGAGUAAACAUCUUGUUUUGUAUUAUGUCAAAUACGAAUACAGCGAUUACAAAGUAAACACUACAAACUUCCUUUAAAUAAAGGACUACUUACGUUUGAUCAUUGAUAGGCAUGUAGAAAGCUCUCCUCAUGCUCAUUAGCAGUACGUUAGCUGCACAACAACUCCAGCCACCCUCCUCAGGGGAACGAACUGUAAAUUGCUAACUCCGCCGGGCGGUUUGCCGAUCCGUGAAGACAAUCGACAACCGGGUCGUCAUGUCAAAUAAUCCAGGCUAGUUAUGUGUGAUUUUCCGCUUCGAAGACUUUGAAACAUCACUCAGUUCGGGUUAGCAUGUCGGCUAGCUGUCACUCCUUCUGGUUUAUUUACAUUCUCGGAAGCCGGGGAUGGGAAAUGACAUAUGUCCGAUUUAGGGGUCAUAAAAUAUCGUUCGGGAGGUGCGACAGUAAAGGUGAAGUCGACAGUUUUGACCAUUAUGGAGUAAUUUUGCCAUGUCGUCCUGAAUAAAUGCAUUUUUAUUAUUUCAUAUUCCAUUUAGCACAAGAUUGUUAUUUGUCAUUACCAUGCCAUUUAUUUAGCAAUUGGGGAAAAUACUUGGAUAAAAAGAAUAUCCUGUAAAAAUAUUGAAGUAAAGAGACAGAAACAAUGACAUUUUGCAGCUCUCUUCGUCGCGUUUUCCUCGUUCUGAACAAUUCCCCCUCAAUGGGCUGAAUAGUAAAACCAAUGAGCCCAGUCUAUCGCUGACGUCAUCCACCUGUUGGGGACGCUAAAGCCCUAUAAUGGUAGGCGUGGCUAACCGGCAGAUUAAAAGACUAAUUUCUCGUCAUCUGCGCUUUGCUAAAUUGUUGUAUAUAGUUGAAUCGUCUCAAAAUAUGAUUGUAAUUCACAUAAUAAUCCCAUUUAAGACUUUUUUUCUCGUGUUGUAUGCUCUUUAAGCUAGUAUGUACACACGAAAAAGAAUGUAUUUGCGCACAUGAAGAAGAGCGCACGCGCACACACACAAAUUCGCGCAGCUGAGUGAGAGGGGAGAGAAAGCCUGCGUGCACAUUUGUUGCUUGUGAAGCAUUCUGUACCGUUUACUGUGAGUUUUCAAAUGUUGUUGAAUACUUGAGGUGAGUUAAUGUGUAAUUUUUUUGGGGGGAUGAUGUGCGGACGCUAACUGGUACGUACUAAUCGUUUGUGAUGAUUGUUAUUGCUGUAUCAGCACUUAGUUAUAAACGCAAAUUUGAAUGGCGUACCGCAAGCAACACGUCACUUUUGCUCAUUAAUACUAAUAACUUUAGCAAUUGUGGCUAGGCGGGUCAACCCCCUGUUUGUCCCUAAUAGUGAAUAUGUGGAAGUAGUGUAAGAACUAGUGUUGCAACGGUUUGCGGUUCAAACUGUUCGGUUCGCCCUGUACGGUUCAAUACGCCUUUAUGAACCGCGCCUUUUCGGUUUUGCAAUUAAUGUAUUCCGAACGCUUGUGGAAUGAAUUGAUCGAGCUCUGUGUGCCUGUGUGUGACGUGAAGCACCGCUGUGGAGAAAUUCCCGCCCCGCAAGUAAAUGUCGGAUCGCUAUCAAGCUCCUGUGUAAUAGAAGCCGAGUAAGGCCCUCUCUCGCUUACGAGUGAAGUGAAAGUGAAACAAGAAAGAAAUAGCUAUGGCGAGCGGUGGAGAGACCGAAUUUUGAGGAAGCACCGGCUUCUUUCAAAUCUGCGGUGUGGCAACAUUUUGGUUUCCCCGUGGACUACAAUGUGGAAGGAGAGAAAAUAUUGAAAAAAAAAAUGCAAGCAUUGCUCGGCGCUUGUUCCCCAUGGUAAUGGCAACACUUUUAUAACAUGACUCCGGCACCUCAGCCUGCAUCACCCACUGAUAUCACUUUCUCAGGGCAGGACAACCCCGAAGAUGACACCAGUGAAAACACACGGCGGGCUUCGUUAAUUUAUUUGCAACGCUUGACCCGCGUUACAUUGUUCCCUCGCGGACAUAUUUCUCCAACAACGUAAUCCCCGACAUUUAUGAAAUGGCACACAAAGCCAUCGAAGAUGAUUUCGCUAAAGCACAUAGUUUCGCCUUGACCACUGAUAGUUGGACGUCCCAUGCUACAGAGUGCUACUACCUAACUGUGACGGUCCACUAUAAUUCAUACCUGUCGAGUUGUACAGUCUCAUCGUAAUUUGUACAAGUGAGCACUGAUUUUUAAAUGUGUACGCCGUACGUUACGUUCAAAAUCUGCACGUUUUUCGUGCAUUACGUUUUUUUUUUCCCCAUCCGUUCGGAUUUGGUCCCCGUUUCUGCAACGAGACAAUGGUCGUUAAUACGUUGGUUGAAUGACGCGAAAAAAAUUCAGACACGGAGAGGGAAGAGUGUUUGUUGAGACGCUGUAACAAACGCGAUGCUUGGCUAUGUGGCUCCAAUAUUUCCUGACUGUAGCCGACAGAAUACAAUGUACGCCUAUAUAUCUGAUGCAUAUAGAACUACAUGCGAAAUGACAAACUCGGUAGCGUUAGUAAACAGCCGCCAUUUUAGAGCAGUAAACUUCUCAGAAAGGCUCUGUUGUAGUAAACUUUCCGAGCGAACCGAAGCCACUUUUUAUCUAAAAUACAGUACUUCUAAAUCGGCAAAAUCUUGACUUGAGUCUAUCUUUAAAGGAUGAAACAGUUUGAAAAUUUUCACAUGUCGAAACAGAAGGGAACUAAUGCAAAAACGGGAGCAAUUUUUUCAACUUUAACGGUUGAUUUACAACAUUAAAUGACCUCCAAACAUAGCAAAGUUUACUAUGUUUUUGGGUUUGUUUGUUUGUUUGUUUUUUUUAAUGAGAAAAAAACCAUGAAAGGUAUCACUAGUUACUUUGCCAAGUAACUUUUUUACUACUGUGUAUUUCAGUAGUCAGUCACUACACUGCCAAAGAGCUAAGAGGCAUUUUAACAGUCGAAAAUGUUUAUAUUUUAAGUGUUUAUUUCAUUUUUUUUUAAAGCAAAAUAAAGGCAGUUAAAAAAAAAAAAAAGGCAAAACCGAACCGAAACCAUGAUCCCAAAACCGAGGUUCAAACCGAACCAUGGGCUAACUGAACCGUUGCACCCCUAGUAAGAACGAGAAGUUUACUGAGCUAAACCUACCAAUUCUGUCCGAAAAUGACGUCCCUGUUGCCAAAUUCACUGGUGAAGAUGUGGAAGAACAUACAAAUGUUCAGUUAAAGAGAUGGCUUGAGUGUUGGGGGCUGAAAAAGAGCCGACCUGAUCAAGAGGUAGCUUUUUUAUCAACACCUUUUGCUUACGCUGCUGACAAUGACAUUCUCCUGUUUCAACAAUCUAUCCUUUAUCACCAUAUGCCCUGUCUUUCUUAUAUAUUAUAUCCUCUGGUUGUCUUUGACCAUUCUUGGGGGCAAUUUACGUGGCUUUUUUUGUGUAGCAAUCGCAAAUUGUACUCAGUGACCGCCAACGAACACUUUUAAUUUUUUUCAUUAAUAACAAAUCUUAAUUCUAUAAUUUAUUUACACUUCCCCCAUAUUAAAGUUGUUGUUUUUACAACAGAAAAGGUAACAGUGGCAGUCAGAUACCAUUUUAGUUUUUUUCAGGUCAUUCAUUGUCAGAAGCAACAUGGCAAAACGCCACGCUAAAAAAAUAAGUAAAAAUAUCAAAAUGACCUACCUCUGUAGGACCAUGGGCCCCAACAAAAUGUCUCCUGCAUAGGAAAUGUGAAUGGAUUCACCUUGCUGGCGUUAAACUGGUCUUUUGGACGUCCGCACAAGUUGAUCCAUUCUUCACAUUUUUCCUCAUAGUUUUUGGUUUCUGGAAAGGUAUGAAGAAAACAUCCUUCAUAUGUCAUAAUGUCUAGUGUCGUUUCUACAUGUUCCAUAGCAGCGGUGUUUGAUCGGCAUGUACUUUUUUUUAAAGAUUACCGGCAGAAAACAAGCAGUACUAGCAUGAGUUGUAUGCGAGCGUGCUUCUAUGUUGAACCCCUUCCAGUUUACGAUGCCGACGUCACGCAGCCUUGCCGUUUAAAAAUAGCAUUCGUGCCGUAUGCUAUUGGAAUAGGGACCCGAAAUGUUGCCAUUCGUUUAUGCAAUUGACGUCAUCACUCGAAAUACAUAUCUCAAAAUCUAUAAACAAUAGCAGCACAAACGAAGGUUUUUACAGCACAAACCAACACAAACUUAGCACAAAUGAUUUACAUCCUUUUUCGCCAUUUUAACAAAAUGGGAGGCUGGUUGACCUCAGAUUGACCUAUAAAAGAAUUGUUAAUACCUCACAAACGGAAUGUCUUUUCAGCACAACCGAGCACAAACCUAGCACAAACGAAUGACAUCGUUUUUCUAUGAAUAUGCCUCUGAUGGGGGCUAACUUAAUGGAGGUCUUUUUCAUGUUUUAUUUUUCUUCUUCAGAAGCUAACAGUACCUCUUUAGAUGAGCAGUCUUAGUAUAAAAGUGGAUGAAGCUCCCACGGUAACUAAGUACAGUGAAUGUCUGUUGAUGCUGUAGAAAGGGCCUCAUGAUGAAGCUCCGCCGUAGCUAACGACGGGCCCUCCGAGCUUGUUAUUCUUCUGCUUUCUUGCUCAUUUUGAAUAUAGCAAAAGUGUGAGGUUGGACUGACUCGUCCCAAUUGUUUGUAGAGCAAGACUUUAUUAAAAGGAUCAUGAAAAUAAUGAA